AUGCCUCUGAUCACUGAAUACCACUCUUCUCUCCCCUACAUCGACGGAGAGCCAGGAGAGCAAGCACGCGCCUCAGCUCAAAAGCUCAUCUCCGCAGAGCUGUCCUCCGACCAUGCCUCAACCCUCCAUCCAGCCAUACCCGCAUUACCCGAAUCCCGCUUUUCGCCGCUUAUCGAACAGGAGCUCGCUCGGAAAGAAGCUGGUCAGCCCAUGACUGGAGGAAUCGAUUUGUCUCGCUACGAAGCACCCGAAGCGCCAGAAGGGCCAUCCGGAAAUCAGGACGAUGCUUCUAAGAUGCUUCAAGAAUGGAAAGAUACUUUACGGAAGGCUUAUAUUUCCAGCUCGCAUUUGUCAAUUCGACACAACAACCUUGCCCUGCUUGAAGAAUAUGGAAAGAAUGCGUGGCUUAUCGGCAACUCUCAACUAGAGGAAAUCUUGCGAAGUGUUGAAAAGGAAUUGGCGGAGACCAAAGAGGCUGUGGAGGGUGUUCACAAGGAGAGGAAGCUGGCGCAAGAGUCUGGUCACGGAGAACUUGCCGGUUUGGAAGAUACCUGGAGACGCGGAGUUGGUUCUAUAUUGGAAGUUGAAGUUGCGGCAGAAGGCUUGAGACAGCAGAUUCUUGAGCGACGUCGUCAGCAAGCUCAGCAGUCUCACUAA